GCGACAGCAGCGGGAGAAGAUGGUGGCGAUGGAGCCCCGUGGAGCAAAAUGAGCGUGCAGUGAGCCGGCUCAGCCUCUCUCCCAGCGGUCCCUGACGCCCACCAUGAACCACUUGGAGGGGUCCACGGAGGUGGAGGUGACUGACGAGGCUGCAAGUGGGGAGGUGAACGAGUCGGUGGAGGCCGACCUGGAGCACCCCGAGGUGGAGGAGGAACAGCAGCAGCACCACCACCAUGCGAGUGGCCACCCGCGCGGGCGCACCGUCGAGGACCUCCGCGCCCAACUCGGGCAGCAAGAGGAGGAGGAGCGCGGCGAGUGCCUGGAGCGCUCGGCCAGCACCGAGAGCGGCUUCCACAACCACACAGACACGGCCGAGGGCGACGUGAUCGCCGCGGCCCGCGACGGCUACGACGCGGAGCGCGCGCAGGACCCCGCGCAGGACCCCGAGGACGAGAGCGCAUACGCCGUGCAGUACCGGCCCGAGGCCGAGGAGUACACGGAGCAGGCGGAGGCCGAGCACGCCGAAGCCACACACCGCCGUACGCUGCCCAACCACCUGCACUUCCACUCGCUGGAGCAUGAGGAGGCCAUGAACGCGGCCUACUCGGGCUACGUCUACACGCACCGGCUCUUCCACCGCGGCGAAGACGAGCCCUACGCCGAGCCCUAUGCCGACUACGGGGGCCUUCAGGAGCACGUGUACGAGGAGAUUGGGGACGCACCCGAGCUGGACACGCGCGACGGCCUGCGGCUGUACGAGCAGGAGCGCGAUGAGGUGGCAGCGUACCGCCAGGAGGCCCUGGGUGCGCGGCUGCACCACUACGAUGAGCGCUCUGAUGGAGAGUCCGACAGCCCGGAGAAGGAGGCCGAGUUUGCGCCCUACCCGCGCAUGGACAGCUACGAGCAGGAGGAGGACAUAGACCAGAUCGUGGCCGAGGUCAAGCAGAGCAUGAGCUCGCAGAGCCUCGAUAAGGCGGCCGAGGACAUGCCCGAGGCCGAGCAGGACCUGGAGCGCGCCCCUACCCCGGGCGGGGGCCGCCCUGACAGCCCUGGGUUGCAGGUGCCGCGGGCGGUGGGUACUGCAGGCAGCGGCGAGGUGGUGCAGCGGUACAGCAAGGAGAAGAGAGAUGCCAUCUCGCUGGCCAUCAAGGACAUCAAGGAGGCCAUCGAGGAGGUGAAAACCAGGACCAUCCGUUCGCCUUACACUCCCGACGAGCCCAAAGAGCCCAUCUGGGUCAUGCGUCAGGACAUUAGCCCCACCAGGGACUGUGACGACCAGAGGCCGUUAGAUGGGGAUUCUCCCUCUCCUGGCAGUUCCUCACCCUUGGGUGCAGAGUCCUCUGGUACACCCCAUCAUCCCAGUGACCCCGCGGAAGCCUCCACAAAUAAAGAGUCGGUGACUUCACUCACUGCUGUGGCUCUCUGUGUUACAGUUCCUGGACCUUGUGACCCUGAAGACUUGAUUGAUGGGAUCAUUUUUGCUGCCAAUUACCUUGGCUCCACCCAGCUGCUCUCAGACAAAACUCCCUCCAAAAAUGUGCGCAUGAUGCAGGCCCAGGAAGCAGUAAGCAGGAUCAAGAUGGCCCAGAAAUUAGCCAAAAGCAGGAAGAAGGCUCCUGAAGGCGAAUCUCAGCCAGUGACAGAGGUGGAUCUCUUCAUUUCUACCCAGAGAAUCAAAGUAUUGAAUGCCGACACACAGGAGACAAUGAUGGACCACCCCCUGAGGACCAUCUCCUACAUCGCAGACAUUGGGAACAUUGUUGUGCUCAUGGCCCGCAGGCGGAUGCCCCGCUCCAACUCCCAGGAGAACGUGGAAGCCUCUCACCCUUCCCAGGACGGGAAAAGGCAGUAUAAGAUGAUCUGCCACGUCUUUGAGUCAGAGGAUGCCCAACUGAUCGCACAGUCUAUUGGGCAGGCAUUUAGUGUGGCAUACCAAGAAUUCCUCAGGGCCAACGGGAUUAACCCCGAAGAUCUCAGCCAGAAGGAAUAUAGUGACCUGCUCAAUACCCAGGACAUGUACAACGACGACCUGAUCCACUUCUCCAAGUCUGAAAACUGCAAAGAUGUUUUCAUAGAGAAGCAGAAAGGAGAAAUCCUAGGUGUGGUGAUUGUGGAGUCCGGUUGGGGGUCCAUCCUGCCGACUGUGAUCAUAGCUAACAUGAUGCAUGGAGGCCCCGCAGAGAAGUCGGGGAAGCUGAAUAUUGGGGACCAGAUCAUGUCUAUUAACGGCACCAGCCUGGUGGGCCUGCCCCUGUCCACCUGCCAGAGCAUUAUUAAGGGCUUAAAGAACCAGUCCCGAGUCAAGCUGAACAUCGUGCGGUGUCCUCCGGUAACCACCGUGCUGAUCCGGAGGCCAGACCUGCGCUACCAGCUGGGGUUCAGCGUCCAGAGCGGAAUUAUCUGCAGCCUCAUGCGAGGAGGAAUAGCCGAGAGAGGAGGCGUUCGCGUGGGACAUCGGAUCAUUGAAAUCAACGGACAGAGUGUUGUCGCCACCCCCCACGAGAAGAUCGUCCACAUUCUUUCCAAUGCUGUUGGGGAGAUCCACAUGAAGACGAUGCCAGCCGCCAUGUACAGGCUGCUGACGGCCCAGGAGCAGCCCGUUUACAUCUGAGCCCGCGCGCCCCUCCCGGGCCUUGCGGCAUGCAUGGAGGACUCUCCUCACUCGUGGUCGUGUGUCUAGUGCUGCAUCUGUGUGUCCGCUGAGACAUUUCCCUCUCACACUCAGCAUUGGGUUGUGCACAGGAAGAGGGGAAUCCGCAAGGACCUCUUCGGUCUCUCUCUCCAGUUUGUAUUUUUUUUUAAUCCAGGGAAGUUUUGUGUGCACUUGCUUGGGAUGGAGAGCUGCCGCGAUCCUCCCAGGACCCUCUUGAAGGGCCCUCUUGGGGGUGGGGUACCCUGAGGGGGGCUGUCGCUGCCCAGCAGGGAAUCAUCCUGUCCCAGGAGGUGCAGAUCUUGCAGAAGGCGCUCCCGGGGGGUGUUGGACAAGCUGAUUCAGCAGUGCCUAAAAUCCAGUUGCUGACCUGUGCUCUCCUCACCUGGAUGUAUAGGAAUAUGGUAGUGAUGGGGGCCAGCCCACGGCUUUGAGGAUAUGUACUGCCCACAAUGCAGCGGGCACAAUACAUUUGUCUCCACCCAGAAUUUCUGAGCCAACCUUAAACCCAUUCUGUAGCUAGUUUUAGUUUUCAGCAUAUGUGUGUUUCUGAUACCGUGGGCCUUCUCGCCCCAGAGGGCAGGGAGGAGGAACUGCCUUGCACAAGGACACCGUAGCCUCACAGGGAGCUUGGCAAUUCACGGGGCAGCCAAAGCGUCCAUAGCUUGUCCCGAGGUUCCCAGCCCCUGGAUCAACACAGGCAGGUUCCAUCUGCCUCUCCUGUAUUUCACCCUCACCCACACACAGUCACGCUUGUAUAUCACCCUUCCCUCCUCCCCACCACCAAUAAGAUCAGCUGAAAAUGCCCCCCGCCUGGACCUGCCUCUGAUAGCACCAGAGCCCCUGGACCACCCACGUGGCCUCUCUGGGCAGCCCCUUGCCCUGGCAGGCGGGGUGGCAUGAAGACUGGCUGGCCUCGUCCUGCAGGAUCCCUCUGGUUGAGGCCUGGCCCUCCCAGACCACCUAGGCUCAAAGUGUCCCCCUCUGAGGGAGUGGACCCCACUCUCCCCAUACACACACAC